AUGCCUUCUCUCAAAGUACCUAGUGUACGGGCAAGAACAGCGAUCCCAGACUUGCGAUUCGAGCAAACAUUUAUGAAUGCGGUUCGGAAAGAAGCCAUUGCACGCCAUGGAAUAACAGCUAAGACUCAGGACAGUUCUGACGGAAAGGUCAAGAUUACUGCUGGUGUUGUAUGUAAAGUUAUUUUACGAGACGUGUUUCUCAUGCCUUUUGUACAGGGAAUCCUAUGGACCAGCGUUUUGAUAGCCAUGCGACCUUGGCUCUCGAACGCUACGAGAAGCGGCCAAAGGCUGGGUCGUUACAUAUACAGAACAAUUUUGGGCAAAGAUCUUGUGCCGAAACGAGCCUAG